AUGCAACCAGCAUAUUUAGAACCUUUGGGUUCGAUUAAUUUUUCAAAAUUCAAAAUCGAUACAUUAUCAUCUACAACAACAACAAAGAAUACAACACAAAUUGUCUUUAGUUCAUCUUCUGCAACUGUAUGCUUAUAUGAUAUACAUAAACUUGAAUGUUUUCGUGAAAGUCCCAAUUGGUCACAUCAAUUUACAUGGACACCGAUUUUAGAUUUAAAAUAUAUAUUGGAUACUUUAAUAGACACUACAAAUGAUUUAUAUAAUUGGCAUAUACAGAAAGUUCUAUUUGUAAAUACUUCAACUACAGCAAGACAAUCUUUAAUAGCAAUUCUUGUAAAUAUCAGCCAGAAUCGUUCACUUGUUUGUUUUUUUCGUUCAUUAACUACAGCAAAAUGUAAUAUAAUUAUUUUAGUACAUGGAAUAAUCACAUCACUGGAAUGGUUACCUGUUAUUGAUAUAGGUUGUAAACCAAUGGAAUCAUAUUCAGUUGAAUGUACUAUGGAUAUGAUGGAACAGGAUAUUUCUAAAGUUAUAAAUAACAAAACUUUAAGUUCUGUUUUAUCAAUUUUUGAUGGUUGUUUUGCUUUGGGCUUUCAACAAGGACCUGUAGGUUUAUUAGAUAUGUGUCUAACACAUACUCGUAAUGAUUUAUUAAAUUGUCAACUUGAAACAUCAAUUGCAGUGGAAAGAUCUUAUUGUUUAACUUGUUAUUCACGUCAUCAACCAAUAUCUCAACUAUCUAACAAUAAUAAUAAUAAUAAUAAUAAUAAUAAUCUAAAACAUUCUCUAGUCUAUCUUGAUGAAUCCGUUAUACGAUGGAAUGAUUUCACGUAUAAAUCUGUCAGUGGUAAAACAUUAUGUUCAAUUCCAUCGGCUAGUGUUCAUGUGUCAGCUUUAAGUUAUAUUCCACAGCUACAAGGUCUUGCUGUUGGUUUCAGUUUUGGUGGUUGGCAAUUAUGGUCAUUAGAUCGAUUAAAUAUGGAAUUUUGUUUACGACAAGCGACACCAGCUACACCUGUGGUUAGUUUCAAUUUUCUUGAACCAUCGGAUGAUCCACGUUUUUGUUGUUUCAUUUGGGUUGGUUGGCAAUCGAAACAACCGACUCAAAAUGUUGAUGGUGGUGGUGGUGGUGUGUUUAAAUUUACUGGAAAACAGAAUUCCACCGGGAAUUUUCAAUGUCCAACAAUUAAAUUAUUUCAAUUAUCCUACAGACAUCGUUAUGAAUUAGUUUCAAAUAAACAUAAAGAAUUCAAUUUUUAUUAUCAGGAUUUAAUUGGUAUCGCUGAACGUUUAUCUACAACAUUGUCUGGUGAUAAAAUUGACGAGCACACGUCGUCGUCAUAUACAUCAAGUUUAUUGUCGGUACAAUCACUUCAUGCACCGAGUGAUUUUAUCAUGGAUUAUCAACAACAGCAUCAUUCUAAUAAUACUAGUCCUACUACUCCCACUACUCCUACUCAUUCUACUACUACUACUAAUACUACUGAUACUACCACUAAUACUACUGCUGUGACUACUUCGACUACUACUACUAUCACGAAUAACAGCAAUGAUAAUGCCAAGAGUAGUAAUAAUAAUAAUAAUCAUUCUGUUGGAAUGAUGAUACGUUUAAUUGCUUUUAUAUGGAAAUUUACUGAUUCUGUGAUACGUAUUGGUUUAUUCGAUUUGGAUCGAUGGUAUCAUGCACAAAUGCCAACUUAUAUCAGAUCAGAUGAUACAUUUGUUGCUAUUUUCGAUGCAUUAAUACCAAAUCAAAAAGUACAAUUAUUACACACAUAUAUCAUUGAAUCAAGUUUAAUGUCUUUUUGGAGUCGUAUAGUACGUCGUGAAUCCAAUUACAUUAAAUCUUGUCAAUCUUAUCGUGUAUUAUCAAAUGCGAAUUUCAAAUUAACCAAAAAUUCUCAACAUCCUUCUCACCGUGCUCGACCUCGUCGUCGUCGUCAUCGUCAUCCUCCUCAUCCUAAUCGAUUGGGUGGAAAUCAUCAGCCGAGACAACCGCGUCCAAUACCGGAAGUAUUUCUUUAUCCAUCCUCUUUAUCAUUCCACUGUCUACUAUUUUGGACUAAUGAUACCUCUAAUAAUUCUACAUUCAAUUUUUCUCUAACACAACAAUCGUACAAUUCAACACCCAAAUAUUAUAAUUGUUUAUAUAAUUUAAGUCGUGCCAUAUUUGUAUCACGUCAAGAACAAUGUUUAAUGUCAGUAGUGCUGCAGCAGAACAGCUGUAGCUCUCCAACCAAUUUAAUCAAUAUUAAUAAAAAAUUCAAUCUUAUCCAAUGGUUAACCAACGCAUGGAAAUUUGGUUUAUUAGAAUCACCAGAAUUAGAUGUAUUCAAUGAUGAAGAGGAAUUUUUCAAUAUUUUACAUUGUACACAAAAUAGUCAUCAUAGUCACGUUCAUAACAGUAAUGAAUAUGGUAUUCAUUUGGCAUAUGGUGAAUAUUGUGACAAAUCGAUUAUUGAUAGUUUAAACAAGUUAUUGACUAGUUUAAUGACAAAACAAUCCGAUUAUCAUGAUAAUAAUUUGCUCUAUGUUGACCGUCAACCAGCGGACACUGAAACUGUCGAUGAUGACGACACUGAGUUUGUGACAUCAAAACGUCAUUCUAAAUAUCGUCGAAUUGAUCAAUCAGUGCAUUUAAAUAAUACAACAAAAAUGAUGAAAACAUCAAAGAGCACACAUCAAUAUUGUUUAGAUCCUUGUUGGGUAUUGUUUGCGAAUUGUCUUCUGGAACAUGGUUGUAUGAAUGUGUUGAAGAAUAUCGAUCGUUUAUUAUUACCAAUUGGACAAGAAUCUUUGAUCGUUUUCAAAUUUAAACAUAGUUGGUUAUGGUUACGUUUUUGUCGAUUGAAAUCACGUUUUGAUAAACUGACUAAUGGAUUAUUUGCACUGAAAUUAUCAUCCACUCAUGAAAUGCAGGCGAAUUUAUCGAAUUCCAUCGUCUAUGAUGAUGAUCAUCAUACAAACAGAGAAAGUAGAAGAAGAAUUUUACCGGAUUUAUUAGAAUUAGGGUGUACAGUGAAUCAAAUUCAACUACUGGCAAAUUUAGCUAAACAUUGGUUCAAUGAGAAAAAUGCUCAUUUCACCAAUUAUAAUAAUAACACCAAUAACAGCAAUAAUAAUAAUUCUAAAUCGUCAUCUAAACAUCAUCCUAUAGAAUUCAGUAUAAGAAAAUAUUUAUCCUAUACAAAGCUGGUAAUUUUCUUAAUGCGUUUAGGUUUAUUGCCACAAUCCAAUAUGGACAAUAAAUUCUCUACAGAUUUCUCUAAUCAGAUAAAUAGUACAGUUCUCUUACCAUAUAAUUCAUCAAUGCUAACUGAAACUAUUUCUGAAUUACAAUAUACACUGUGUCAUUCACACGAUUCAGAUCUGAAUUUGGGUAGUAAUCAAGCGUAUCGAUUGUCAGUAAUUAGUAAACACAUUCUUUAUAGUGCACUUCAAUCACCAGUAAACAACAAUCUCGAUAAUCAUAAUCAUAAUAAUAAUGAGAUUUUCGAUAUUUGGAAAGAACAAGAACAUUUGACGCCAUCACUGUCGACAUCCACAGUGAAACCGUCGAACUCCUCAACAUCUGACCAUCAUCGACAUCCGACUACAACAGAUAAUAGUCAUCAUGAUGUUGAUGAUGAUGAUGACGAAAUGAUACCGAAUUGGUUGAAUUAUCCACCGAAAUAUUUACAAUCAGUGUGUGCUCUAUGGCAAUUACCAUGUAAUGAACAGAUUAAAAAGUGCCGGCUAAUUUUAUUGGGAUUUAUAUUAUGUGAUGUAGCUAUGUCGAAAUUGUUGAUUCAUUCAAGAAGUGUUCAUGAUCAUCAGUUGAAUGAUGCUGUCGAUUGUGAUGUAAAUAUUGAUGAAGAGGACAAUACGACGACCGCUACUACUACUCCUACUACUGAUGAUCAGAAUGUUAGUAGUAGUAAUGACAAGGUGCAUACUGGUCAAUUGAUUGACAAUGUAAAGAGUUGUACAGAUUUCAAUAAUUUACAAGGAUUACAAUUGUGUCGUUAUGUAAUGUCGUUAUUUAUUAAACAAUUUCCUUCGGUCUAUUCUCUUAUGCCUACAAUUAUAUCACUUUGGCUUAUGGAUCGUGGUUAUUUUAAAGCAUCUAUUUCAUCACAUAUUAUCGCGUACAUUAUGAAUUCGCCUGAAACACAAUUCACAUCUUCUUAUCAUGUGUACUGUGAUUUAUUUCCAAAUCAAAUUAAUUUACUAAUCCGCUUAUUCAAUGCUCACGGUCGGUCAGAUUUAAUACCGGAUCUAUUGAAACAUUUAACCAAUGGUCGGAAUAAUGGCCGCCAUUCGAAAUUGCCACCAUCUUUUUUUCAACAAUUAUUCACCAGAAAUGCCAACAUCAACACUGCCACUUUGAAUCAUGAGUACACAUUGAAACCAAUGAAACCAAUUGGUGCCCCAUAUUUAGCUUUAUCAAAAUUACGUCAUUUAAUACGUAAAAUGAAUCGAUUACAUAAUCAAACACCAUUACCAACGAACAUGUUAAAUUCAGUGGAUAAAUUAGCUCAUGACUCGUUUAUACAAUUUGUUGAAAUGUGUCGACGCGCUGGUCGUUUAAAUGAUUUAAUUAGUUUAGGUUUAAAUAAUUGGGAAGCUAAAAUUCUAUAUGAUUAUUAUGAAAAAAUUGAACAACCUAGUGUAUUGAUACAUUGUUUAAUUGCACGUUCACAAUAUCAGACUGCAAUGGAACUAUUCAAUAAUUAUUCACGUCGAAUUACAUCAUAUCAUAAAACAGGACAAUAUCAUGAUACGACUAUGACUACUAAUCCUGCUACUACUCAUGAAUCAAAUCAACACUCUCAGCUGGAAUUAAUGACUCAGCUAAUAAAUUCAUGUUUACCAUUGCUGAAAACAACACAUGAUUCGCAUCAUAAAAAAUCAAUACUUCCAUUGACCAAUAAUCGUCAUAAUGCAGAUUAUUAUUUUAAAACAUUAACCAAUGACAAUAUUGUAUAUUUAGAUGAUGAUUAUGAAACAAUGUCUGAUUCAUCUUCAUUUAUUCGUGACGACGACAAUGAUGUGGAUGAGGUGGAGAUGCAGGAGGCGGACAUGUUCGAGUCCAUACAUCGUCAUCAACGUGAUCAUCGUGUUCGACGUGGUCAUCGUCAACCGCCAUCAUCAUCAUCAUCCUCAUUCAUACAAGCAGGUGGUGAUCACGUGAACCCUGAUGAUGGUCACAAUGUCAAUGAUGAUGUAGAUGGUGAUAGUGACGAUGUUGAUGAGGAUGGACAUUUCAUUGCUUAUAAACAGACGACACCAUUGAUUAUUGAUUUAAAAAAGCCAAAUUCAAAAAAACACGCUACAUCAUCUUCACAAGCAUCAUCAUCGUCACUGUUAUUAUCCAAUAAAUAUCCAUUGAAUCGCUUCCUUGAUAAUCCAUAUUCUUCACAUGAUCACAGCAGGAUGGGAGAGAAUGAUGAUGAUGAUGAAGUAACAACUUUACGCAAGAAUCAUCGUAUUCAUAAAUCGAAUUCAUGGUUAUUAGCUACAAAUAAAAAGCAUAGACAAGAAUUUUGGAAUACAUUUAAAGAAUUACAAGAUUUGAAUGAAAGUUGUGGUCUACACUCGAAUAGUUGGUUAAAUGAUAAUCGAUGUCGUUUGACCGAUUUCACUCAUACUUCUACUAAUGCUACAAUAAAAACACCGCCAACACUGACACGAUUCACCAGGAAACGUACAAUCUCUACAAAACAUAAUGAUGCUGAUGAUGUUGAUGAUGGUGAUUUGAAUAAAUAUUUAUUAAAAUGUAUUUAUACUCCACCAUCUUGUGGACGUAAACAAAUUCAUGUAAAUACUGUGACAAAUCGUCUGAUUCCAUCCACAUCAUCAUCAUCAUGUUCAUUGUUCAAUAAUUCACUAUCAAGUCCAUCAAAUCAAAAACCAAUUUCUAUAUUAAAAACUAGACUGUGUGUACCAAAUAAAGAGCUGCCUGUUGUUUCAACAACAACCACAAUAAAGAGUGAUAAUUCUAUCAAACCACCACCAUCGCAUGUUGUCGUCUCAUCAACAUCGUCAUCAUCAUCAACUACAACAUUAUUGUCAACUUCAUUAAAUCCUAUCAUAUCGACAACAGUAGGCUGUUGUUCAACACUUCUUCUACCAAUUAUCAGUAGUUCUAAUAGUAGUAUCGAUAGUAAUACAUCGAAACUAUUCACGAAACAAGAUCAUUUAAACAUUGAACCAGUGGACAGUAAAGCAGACAUGGACAAUAUUGAUAGUGAUGAUCAUGAUGGUGACAAGGAGGUUGAUAGUGAAAACAAUGAUCACAACAUGAGUGAUGAUUGUGAUGUCACUUUGAAUUUGUCAACAAUUCGACCAAGUGAGAUAUUUCAACAUAAACUACAUGAACAUGUUAAUCCGCCGAAUGAAUUCACCUUUUCCGCUCCACGUCGUAUUUCGCUGACAUCAUCAAAUACACCAAUCAAUAAUAAAUCUAUUGAAAAGAAUGAAUUCUUAUUCUCUGCGCCGUUAGUAAAUAAAACACUUAGACCAGCAAUUCAAUCCACGACUGAUGAUGUGAAUGUUGACAAGAAUACAGUUGUGUCAUUAAUCUCAGUGGAUGAAUCAAGUCGAUGCUCUAAUCUUAAGGACAAUAUUAAUCAACAUUUUGACGAUGCUCCUGUUAGUAAUGAUCAAAUGGAAACGAUGGAAACUGUCGAUCAAUAUUCCAUUGAUGACCGCGACAAUUCGACUUCACUUACUAAAGCGCCAAUUUUUACACCACCAAAAUUACAAGAUCCCUCAGUGACUAUUUCAAAUCAUCCUAUUGAUACUAAAGAAACUAUUCAUGAUCAUGAUGAAGAAAUUACUCCAAAAAUCACGUCGACAAAGUCACGUAGUAGUAGAACAACACGUGAUCGAUCGAGUCGUGUAAAAACCACUUCUACGCAUUCAUCACAAUUAACUACAGAAGCUAUUUUAGAACAUUUAGAUCGUCUGCAUCAAGAACGAAAUCAUCAUCAUCAUCAUCAUCGUCAUCCGAUUGAUAUGGAUGAUCUUGAUGAGACAUCAUCUGUGACUAGUUCAAUGACUGAUUCAUCUGAGACUGUACGUCGUUCAACUAGACGUGUUCGACCACCGAAACGUUAUGAUUCUUCGGCUGUUUAA